UUUACAUCAUGGUGGUCUUGUAAGAACUGUCAACGUCAAUCAAUCAGAAGAAAUGUCUCACAAGGUGUUAUUUCAUUGUAUUUUAAAACAUCAACUCUAGCAUUUUAUUUUUGUGUAGAUCUCAUCUGAACGCCUCGCAUUGUCACUACUUGAAUGUUAUUUCAAUUCUCAUACUCGGCCAUUAUAAUUUCAUGAUCCAAGUUUAGAGUGCAUAUUAACUAACAACCUCGAGUUUAUCGACUUUUUUUUAGACAGUAUAAAAUCAUUACGUAAAUAAAACAAUAUUAAUCUCAUUAGUGUAUGUGCUAUUGAUAGAAUUUUGACGAUUAUAUAAAUCAUAGGAUUUUUCAAUUUUCAAAUGAAGGUAAGAGAAUUAUGAGAAAAGUCUGAUGCAUAUAUUAUAUUUUAGGGAGCAAUUAAAAAAGAUUCGUCCGCCAGGAAUGGAGAUCAAUCAAAUGUUAAAUCAAAAUCAAGAAGUUCAUUGUCUUCUAAAAACUCAGAGGAUUCUGAAAAAGUAGAUUUAAGAUUGAUGAGGACGUCUCAAACUGUUGAAAAAAGAAAAGACAGUGAUAGUUAUCUAAGAUUGACACAAAAUUUACAGUCAAGCAAAAGUAAUACAAGAUAUCCCCUUAAAUCUUCUAAAAAUCUCUCAACCAAAGAAAGUUUCUUCCCAACAUCAAAAUCAAAUAUUAAUAAUUCUAAGAUGUCAUCAAAAAGUAUUUUAACAACGAAAUCAUCAGUUGAACCUGUAAAACCAUCAAGCAGUAAUGCUGUGAAAAGCACUAAAAGUAGUAGUAGAAAAAUACACAGUAAUUAUUCGGAAAAGAGAGGACUGAGUACAAUAUUUGUACCACAGCCACUUACAAGCAAAAUUAAUACUAAAUCAUCUAAUAAAAGUAUUAACUCAAUAUCAAAAGAAGAAGAAAAAGUUAGAACACAGUCAAAUUCAUCAGAAACAACUGAAUCGAAAAUGAAGUCUAGGCAACGUAGAUUGUCUAGAACAUUAAGUCCAAGUGAAGUAAAAGUGUUACAUUCUGCUACUAAUAGAUCAAAUUCCAUACAGAAAAUGGACCAGAGUAAGGAAGAAAAAGUAGUUCAGGCAGAUAAUAAAUAUAAUUAUGAAGAUGAUUUUGAGGAUUAUGAAUCUGAUUUUCAAGAAUGCACAGACAGUGAAACAUCUGAAGUUAGUGAAGAAACAAAUAUUAUUCAUACUAACGUACCAUUGGAUCCAAUUGAAUUGCAUACGGCAAAACAACAGAAAAUUGUGAAUAGUGGAGAACAAAAAGAGGAAGAACAUAUGUACGAUUCUGGUCAUUACGAGCUUACAGAAGCAAGGAAGAGAGCAGCAAGAAUAGAAUCAAUUGCAAAUAAUCCAAAGCUAUCUUCUCUUCUUGAGAUAAAGCAACCACUUAAUAAAUCAUAUAGCGAGGAUAAAUCAGAAAAUAAAUCAUUGCCAUUAUCUACUGAUGAAGGAUUCGAAGAUAGCCGUUCUGGUGAUUUCGCAAAAUCACCACCACUCUCGCAAAUUUCGUAUAUCGAUUUUCGUCGAACAAAAGAAGAACAAAAACCAAAGAAUAAAAAGAAAUCCAAGAAAAACUUAAGUAGAGGUGAAAGAUUAUUAGAAAUGAUAAAAUUAGAUGUUAUAGAGUGGUCUCUUUUGGAAUGUUCACCUAUACCAUAUGAAGAAUUUAUUAGAAAUUAUGGAAAAUUAAACACUCAACAAAUGUCCAUGCAAACUGGUGAAGAUAAUAUUGAUAUAGAUACACAAACGGAGAAAAUAAUAUUUAAAAACAAAUGGACUCAAUUUCCAAUAACUUGUAAAAAAAAUUUACAAACUAAAGAAGAUUUAGACUUAUUUCGUAUGGAUCAAAUUGGAGUUGGUAGUGAUAAUAGUAUAGAAACUAUGAAUUCUUUGUUAUCACAAUCUUUUGAUGUGUUGCGAUUAAAUGAUUUUAUGAGUCGCGCAGGCAAAGUAAUGUUAUCAUUACUAGAGGAAAGACGAUCUGGCGGUAAUGUAUUUAAGAACGAAGAAGAAAUAUCGUUUAGUGACGGUGUUGUUAAACUUUCUAUAAAUUCCGUAACAUUUCUGGCUGGUAGAGCGGUAACGAUAAUUCAUUAUUCAGAAGUCUCAAAUAAAAUUCUACUGACUAUUCAUUCUCCAGCUGAAGAAGAAAUUGAGACAUCCUGCAAACAAGAUUAUAUAACCGAUUGUUGUAUCGGAUGCGUUUGGAACAUUUUUGAACCAUCAAUGCCAAUUAAAUUAUUAUAUUCUACUUGUCCUAUUACAUCAUGCUGUUUUCAUUCAACAAAUUACAACAUCGUAUUUGCUGGACUUCAGGAUGGGUCGAUAAGCCUUUGGGAUUUAAAGGAAGAUGAAAUGUGGCAUCAAAAAGUAACAGAUAAAGCCAACAAUUCAGAUUGGACAAUACGAAUGCCUACAUAUACCACCGCAGCAAAUAUAGAAAUAAAUUGUAUAGCAGAAAUUGUUGCAAUACGUAUAUUAUCUAAAAUUGAAGAAAAAUCAAUAGACCGUCAUAAUACUAAAUUUGUACCAAUACAGAUAUGUAGUUUGAAUGAAAAUGGUUCGCUUGUUAUAUGGAGUGUUUUACAUAAAAUGGGCAAAAAUGUCGAUGAUAUAGGACUAUCGUUUUGGGGUAGUAUAAAACUUGUUAAAAAUCAAGAAAUCUUUUUACACUCUCAUCAUAAAAAAAAAAAAAUCAAUAUAGCUACCUUCGUUGAUAUACAUGUGGAUUGUGUUGAUAGUAACAAUUUUUAUAUCAUAACUAACAGUAAUAAUAUUUUGCAUGGUACUUGUAUUGGUAACAAAGCUAAUCCUGCUGUAUAUACGAAAUUGGAUACUUGUUGGCUGCGAUGAUGGAACAAUUCGAUUGCAUUCUUUAAGUACUGAGAAACCAAUUUUACAAUUAAAAGAUGAAGAUAAUACUUAUGUUAUUAAAUCGAUACAGUGGUCAAGUAUACAUAUAUGGGAUUUAAGUAAUAAUGAUAUAUAUCCUACAUAUAAAAUAAAUGUGCAAAAUGAUGGAUAUAUAAAAAGUAUGCAAUUAUCAUACUGCAAAACAAAACACGAUAUGUGUCAUCAGUAUUUAGCGUUUGGUACAGAAUCUGGGCAUGCAGAAAUACACAAAUUAAAGGCGAGUUUUUAUCAUUCAAGAAAAGAAGAUUAUUUACAAGAAUUAAAUACUUUCAUGCGAUACCGAGAAUCAAAUACGAGUCAAAAUUGGACAAAAAGAAACGUCGUGUUUACGUUGAUCCAAUUAUAGUAGUUCAUGGGGGCGCUGGAAAAAUUCCUCGGACGAAAUAUAAACGCAUGCUCUUCGAGGUUAAAAAUGCCGCCAUUGAGGCAUACAGCGAUCUUAUCAACGGUCGGUCAGCCACAGAUGCAGUAGAAAAAGCAAUUGCUUACAUGGAAAGCAGGCCGCUUUUUAAUUGCGCGAGAGGAGGCUCUUUGAACGUUAACGAUGAAAUUGUCACAGAUGCUGCUAUAAUGACGACAUGCGAUGCUGGAUGUGUGGGUGCUGUUCGUGACAUAGAACAUCCUAUCUCUUUGGCACGAAAAGUAUUAGAGAAAACGGGGCAUGUUCUAAUCGUUGAAAACGGUGCCCGAAAGUUUGCUUUGGAUAACGGAAUUCCAAUUCUACCGCCGGGAAGUUUAAACACAGCCGAUUCGUUACCAUCAAACGUCAAAUCUUUACACACAUACUGUAUGAACAGAGAAGAAAAUGAAGAAAAUAAAUGGAAUGAUGAUGACGAGAACAAGAAAACAGAAUGUGAUUCGGAUUGUUUUAUAAAUCGAUCUCUAGACGGAGAAGCGUAUCCUUAUCGUGUAUCAUCGGCCGAUUUAACAGAUUGGGAUGAUCCAAUGACUUUACAGGUUAGUGCGGUUGGAGCAGUUGCAUACGAUCGUAAGAAGCGACUUGCAAGCGGGACAUCGACAGCUGGUGAUCCCGGGAAACCGGUCGGCUGUCUAAGCGCAAUCGGUACGGUAAUCGGUUGCGGCAUUUAUACAGAUGGACAUGGUUGCACCUCUGUUUCUGGUAAUGAUACAAGUAUCUAUUGUUACGCGCCAGCACGGAGGAUAGUUAAAAUGUUAUCUGAAGAUAUAUCAGUGUCGAGCACUGCGGUAAACACAGUUCUGCAAAACUUUGAGAGCAAAACUGGGAGACGUGACAUAGGCGCUGUUGCGUUGGACGCGAAAGGCAAACCUUACAUUUCUUUCAAAUGCUCACAUUUCCCAUGGGCCUUCUGCGAGAAAGGUUAUGUUUAUUACGGGAUGGUUCAAAACGAGAAGUAUAGAGAAAAAGUAACUAUACUCGAGCGACCUUUAGAUUGCAUGUGCAUAAGUUCCGACGAAAAC